GGGUCCUCUGCUGCUAACCCCAGUGAAUGUGGAGGGACGAGUGUAUUGAGAUGCCUAACCACUAAUCUCUACUUUCUCCUGACAGUAUCAUCUUUUGUGAAGCUGUGGCCAUUUAUGGGAUCAUCAUGGCUAUCGUGAUUACCAAUAUGGCAGAGAAUUUUAGUGGCAGAACUCCUGAAGAAAUUGGUAAUCGGAACUAUUUUGCAGGUUACUCCAUGUUUGGGGCAGGCUUAACUGUGGGCCUCUCCAACCUAUUCUGUGGUGUAUGUGUGGGCAUUGUGGGCAGUGGAGCAGCACUGGCAGAUGCUCAGAAUGCCAGCCUGUUUGUCAAGAUUCUCAUCGUGGAGAUCUUUGGCAGUGCCAUUGGGCUCUUUGGAGUGAUUGUGGCUAUCCUGCAGGUAAGCCCCUCAGACCUUCAUCAGCACAUCUGUUAUUGCUCCCAGAGAAUUCUGCCCCUUCCGAUUUAUGUAAUUCCAAAUCAUUGCAUAGAGGCAGAAGGCAGUUAUUUGCAAAACUAUUGUUGGAAUUAUCUGGUUAAUAGCCUUCUAUUCUCCCUAAGCAAGGGUUGAAGAGUAUGAGAGAUUGGGAAGUAGACUAGGAGGUAGAAAUCUUGUCAGUCAUCCUGAACCUGUUAACUGUUCAGAAACAUGUUACCAACAGACUUUGUAUAAGGCGGCUGGCAUCUACUGUCUAGGUUUUAUUGGGUCUGGUUGAUCUCAGUAUUUGAAGGAUUUAGAACAAAAGUCAGUAUGGCUUUAAGCAAGCCUCAGUCAGCCAACAUUCAGUAUUUAGAGUAGCCAAGGAGUUGCCUUUUCAUUGUACACCCCCAAGUCUUUGUUAACAGGUAGCCUUCAGGAUGCAUCAAGCCCACUGAUAAUCUGCCUCUACAGGCCUCACCACUGUGGCAUCUACACCUUUCUCUGCUGCUUUGUACUCCUAUCUCAGACUACCCUGUUUUCUCUUGAUUAUGUGCAGACAAAUACAUUCACAUGGUUCACUGUUUAAGAACAAUAUCAGCCCUUCAUGUUAAUGUGGCAACAUGAGUGAACAUGACAGUCAGGACAGGUGAUGCUGGUAAUCAUUAUGAAUAUCAGUUAUAGAAUAGAUGUUCAUAAUGGGAAUAGGUCAAGAAGAUGUACUGUCCCCUUUCCAUACAGCAUAAUUAACAUUUGAGCCAUAGUGUAGUAUGGGAGGAAUGGACAUCCCUUCCCAGUGAUAGUAAGUAUGUAGAUGGUAGUUAAUGGGAAAGGGGUUGUGCGGGACAUGGCAAUUGAUGUACGUAGUACUGGAAUUUUCUAACUUUUGGGCUUUUUUGUAUU